AUGGGCAAAGGCCGCUUUAUCGUGAAUCCGUUCCCGGAGCUUCAUGUCACGCCGCACGACCAGCGUCAGCUUCAAGACCUCGCCAACAACCUCAUCAUGUCCAACCUCGACAAGUACAACAAGUUCGUCUCGUCGGACAAGGGCAAGGUCGAUCCGAACCGCUGGAAGAGCAUCAAGGAGCGCGAACAGCUCAAAGGCAAAGUAGACGACCUCGUGCACGGAGUCAUGAGCGAAGACUUGGAGAGGAUGCGGAUCAAGGCUUCAUACGUCGAUGACGACCCGUUCCAGUCCCUGAUCGUUAAGUGGAUGGAGCUCGACAUUCCGUUCGCGUCCAUGAACCUCGUCAAGAAUCGAGACUACGUCUACCUCGAGGGCACAGGCUUCGUCACCUCGCAGAAGGGCGAUCGACUCGGGUAUCACCUCCUCCACUCGGUCAGCUUUCCUCAGACCCACGACCUUCCCAACCGGAUUCGUGGCAACGUCUCGAUCAUCGCGUUUUGGCGCCAGGCAGGAGCCAACGCGAUGGAAAUGUACGCAACGGGGAUCUUUGAUCCGUGUGGAGACAUGAUCCGGAUGCUGGUGGUGCCUGGCAUGGCUUCCGCCUUCUUGUCCAGUGUCAAGUACUCGUACUGUGGCCAGAUGCGCAAGCUCUCGUUCAUGCUGGACAAGGCGUACACCGAGUCCAAGCAGCGAGGAGCCCCCAACAAGAAGAAGGUUUGCGUGACUUGCUCGUCACCAAUUACCACUAGGCGACUCGGAGACUUGGCCAAGAGCAACAGCUCGUGCAAGAUGUGCUUCAGUCACGUGUGCUAUGCAUGCAAGGUGACUCGCAAGUUGAGUUUCGUGGACUCGGACCUGAUGUUGUCCAAGCGGAAGGUGACGUUCUGUACAGCAUGCAUCAGCUCGGUCACGAGCAUGAGCGCGCGAGACUGCGCCCGUGCCAAGAUGUUGUCACAGAAGAGCGCCAUCGACUACGCCAGCAUCCAAUCCAGCUCAACGGGCAGCGCAGAGUACGCCAGUGAGAUGUCCUACAGCAGCUCGUAGUCUGCAUUGCACCUAACUCGCGAUUUUUGAUAG